AUGGCGCAGAGAAACGGGCACGCCGGGACGACAGGGGCAGCGGCGGCGGGAGCGGCGGGGAACACGAGACCCAAGACGCCGAUGGCGCUGGACGAAGACGACGUACCGGACGAGGCGGAUCUCUACGGUGCGACCCCCAAGAGGGCGGCUCCUGGCACGACGAACGUACCGAGGCCUGCGGACCCGGAUGAUGAGGACGAUCUCGAGGCGCUCAUGGCGGAGGCGGAAGCAGAGACGGGCCCGAGACGGGAGCCUGAGACGAAGGUGGCGCCCGCGGUCAACGACUACGAAGAUGACGAAGCCGCAAUGGCUGAAAUGGAUGGGAUGUGGUGA